CGUCCACUGUGUGUCCAUAUAAACAAGCUGAAAUGCCACGGUCAGAACAGUCUUACAACCCUUCGUCACUUCAUGCAUCAUUAGCCCAGUGUGUUAGAUCGAAAGUGUGUGAAGAUCGAUAUUCUUGCACAGAAAAGAACGAUUUAUGAUUUAAAAGAAUGCAGUUAUUCGUGAUAACGGCAGCGUUGCUGCACAUCGGUCUGUGCGACCAUGUGGCUGUCAGGAUGCCGUACUUGAAUCCGGCGGGGGUGACCUAUGUGAACGAUUUUCAGGAAGCACCCUUCACAUACUACUCCGCUACACCACUACAGACGGUCGCAACUUCCGCAAAAAUUGAAACGCAUCACGUCGGAUAUGCGGCUGCCCAGGUACCCGCGGUAGCCGAGGUACCUUUCGUCAAGCAUUUGCCAACAGUGUCCCAAGUACCGAUUACUACAAUAGAGGCUCAACCUGGUGUAUUACAGAAGCAGGUUGAUGUAGUAAAGCCUGCGGUUACUACUCGGAAGAUCGAGGUACGUCGUCCAGCGAUUCAGAAACAAUUCUACGACAUUGAAGAACGAGUAAUUAUCCGUCCAGCUGGAUCAGCCCUAGUCGAGCUUGACGAGCCGACGUCCAAGAUACAGAAAGGACCAGCCGUGAUCCAAUCUCUAAGUGACAAUCUACAGCAUCUGGCUUAUCCUCAAAUUUCUGGUAUCUACGCUCAAGCCGGUGUUGUCGCUGAUGCACCAGUCACACCAGCUGCCAUCCCCGUAAUUGCACACGAGACGCCGUCACCUCUGUUGCUCCCCACAUCGACACCUGCUCCGAUCACUUCCGAUUCUAAUAACUUGGAAGAUGAAUCUAUUGUAGUUGAAAAUCCUGACUUUCGUGAGGCUGUCAAUCAAGCGCGCCUUCCCCAGCUUCGCACUUUCAAGUCUCGUGUAAUCGCUGAAUCAAAUGGUACACCCGUGAAUGUGCCCGUGCGAUUUGCCGCUCACGAUCCUUCCCCGGGUGUGAUCCCUAGUCAACAGAUCAGUCCCGAGAAGAGCAAAAUCAAUCAAAACAGACUAAUAGAACUUCUAACUGCUCGUGGCGGUAUCGCCGAGUUGGGUUUUUCUCGCGACGAUACAACUGGGACAUUGAUUGAAGACGCCGGACACGUUCGAGCGCGUGUUCUUUCCGCGACGCCAACUUCGGAACACGCGAAACCAACCGGAGAACGUGUUUUCACACGUCGUGUCGUUGUCAGCAGACCAAUUGAAACUUUUCAAGAAUACGAUAUCGUGGAACCCGCCACAAAGCUCGAAAGAGUGUCCGUACAACAACCUACGUUGAUCAAGACCGCUCGUGUGAAUCAUGUGCAAGUGCACGGAUCCAUACCGAUCGUUGGAAAGGCUCUUACGCCCGCAGUGGCUCACGCAGCAGUCCCAAUUUAUCAGAAAACCAUUUCUUCUACGUUCUAAUAUAUUAUCAUGAAAUGGAAAAAUUGGCAAUUUUAAUUUGCAAAAUUUUUCUAUAAUAUUAUAACGAUUUUGUGAUAUUUUUCGCGAGAAAAAGAGAAAGAACUGCAAA